GGAGCUCUUUUCCUUCGGCCUUCAUUAUUAUUGUUUUGUUCAUAAAUAUGGAAAGAUAGCUUUUCCGCCCCCAAACACCCCCUCUAAAUACCUAGCGACGUAGUUCGUUUCGAACCUUCGGAACCGACCAUGAGUAUGACUGGAAGCGCGACCAAUACAACGGAGAAUUCAGAAAUACAUGUAAUCGGGGUAGAUCUGAGUAGUACUCUGAUUCCUCCUGUUGGGCGUAAUACUGCUUCUGGAAGGCCUAUAGAGACCCCGGCCAACAACGAUGGUGUACAAACCGGAGCAACGCAUGCAAGUCCUAAGGACCCUAAUCAAAACAUAGUUUCACAAGUUGAUUUUGGCGAUAACAACGUUGGGUUUCAAGCCGGCGUCAUUAAUGGUGAUGUCCAUGGCAUUACCUUCCACUACCCAGACAACCAAUCGAUAUUCGGUAGCCUUGUACAAGGAAGUCAACCUCUAGACACAUCCACUCUUGAGAUUCUCGCCAGAAGAGCUCAAGUCCAAGCUGGAAGAAGUGUGCCCAAGCAGUUACAGGACAGAUGCUACGCUCCAUACAAGACCGUGAGAAAUCGAAAGAUCAAACUGAGACUUCUUCAGAUUGCUAGCGUCACCAAAUUUCUCGAUCGAGGCUUCGCGGAAUACUUUCAAGUCGCGGUGCUUUCGUUUGGCAAGCACCAAGCGCAACAGCUGCUGCAAGAUGCCCGCAAGACAAUCGCUAGGAUGCAGAACAAGCAAGACGACCCUGACUCUGCUGACAUUGGCGAUCUCGGCCACUUUUGCGAGCAGAGCGCAAUCACAUCAGGUGAUGCUGAGCAACGGCGUCCAAGAUUCACAGUCACACAGCGGCGCGACGAAGAAACUUUGCACUAUCUACAAGACGGACUCGAGAUCCCUUACUGGGAAUUCAUGGCCGACAUCUUCUUGGGAUGGAAGGCGAACUCGAGUGCUCUGAGCGGAGACGUCGUGUUGCGUGUUUUGCACAGCACAAAACUGGAACUUCUCGAUGGACGGCGGCGCCUUAUGGAUGAGAUGGUCGCUUUGCAGGGCGAUGAUGCAGAAGACAUAAUGCCAAUUAUUGAUGGAAUUGAUGCUAGAAUAAAGGUCUUGGAUAGCCUUUGGGAUAGUGCAUCGUCGAAUCCUGAUGGCACUCAUUAUUCAUUGGUCUCCUUCCUGGAGCAGCCGCUACGCCAGCCUUUGAUUGCUGUCGAAGAGACCACGCUUUCGUCUCAAGAUGAACAAAUAGGACAUCAAGUGGAAACCGCAACACUCAUCGCCCUGAUUCUACUCUUCAUCAUCGUCGCUAUAAUCCCCGGAUACAAAGCCUUCGCGCUGUCAAUGCAAGACAGCGCGGUCGGAAGUAUCGGAGAUGCAGAUUUCUGGUAUCUGAUUCAAAGCAGUAUCAUGGCAGUGAUGGGCAACGUCAUCAUGGUUGUACCAUUGUUCAAGAAGUCGUGGUUCUCGCCAGCAUACGGUCUAAUGUGGGUAUUCUUUGCCCUCGGUCUUGCUUUUGCAAUCGUUGCUGUUAUCAUUUACCCAUUGCUCAACCCUGGCUGGAGCUCCAUGGUCGCUUUCUUUGGGUCGAUCGCAUCUGUUGCAUCAGUGUUGAUCAUGACCCAGGCGACUGCAAGGGAGGGAACCAAGGCUAAGGUCAAAACGGAUUGAAGCUUGGUAUUAUAUAAAAUAGAUAUUAGUCAAAAGAUGAAUACAGGAAUUGAAAACUGCCACC